AUGAUGCAACAGCAUAGCGGCGUCGUUGACUUUUGUUAUGGCGGUGGCGGUGGCGUCACAUCUGUUUGCGAAAAUACGAACGUAACCCGAUCUCGGGUUACGGCAAGAAGUGUGCCGAUAAUUGCACACGGCGGCGACGAAGGCGAAGACGGCGCGUCCACUCGCAUAACCUGGACUCCACUAUCGAUCACUAGUCACGGAAGCACGGGCAAAGUAACUGCACCUGACGGCGAACAAAUUGCGGGCGACUGGUUAGAUGCACAAGUGUUGGACGGUUACGCCGUCUAUAGUCCACACCCGAACACGUGGGUCACACACGACGUGACAAUUGGCGAGACCGCGUGGAAAAAACAAAAAACGCGACGACACCACGGGAGUUUACAUACAUACACACCGAGCUCGGCAAAGGUUGUUGACAGACAAGGGAGCCCAGGCGCAGCAGCGCGGGCCAGUGCAGGCCGUCGGCGGACGCGUCAGAGAGAGGGUAGCCGCCUUUAG